AUCACGAGGAAUGCCUCCAUCCAGGUAUGAAAAGGUAACUUAAAGCUUCUCUCCCCUAGGGGGAAAAGCAAGCUCCUCCUGAUAAGGCACGAGUACCUCAUUAAUAGGGGAACUGUAUUUUCAGGUGCACCUCGUUUACUUGAGGGAAACAAACACGAUUAACAUAGUUCCCCAGGAGGUCAUCCAUUCAAAGGGAUGCUUGGACCAGGGUAUGACAAUCCCGCUUUUCAACGCCAGCAAUCAUAUCAAUCGUCGGGAGGACGAGAUAGUCUUCGGUAUGUGGACAGUGAAUUGGACUCCAUGAGGCAAUUCCCAACGUUCAACUCCUUAGAAGAAGACGAUAUCGACGAAGAUAGUUUCAGGUCAGAUUUGGAACGAGAUAGCUCUCGAGGAAGCGUUCAAGGGGGGACCACGGGAAAUCCAGGGGAAUUCCAGGCUGAAAGACCGUUCACUCAAUCGUUAACCCACGAGCAAAGAUAUGCCAUGUUGGUCAGAGAGGGCAACCGCAGGGCAUCUCUCCAAUACCGGCAACACUUGGAACCGACUUCAAGGGGACCUUUGUUGCAACGAAGAUCUAUAACGGAAGAGGGUCAAGACCACGUGCAACCCGAUGAGAUCCAAUUGGCGGUGCCGAGAGAGAUCGAUCUGACCCGUGCUGGUCCAGAGAGCCUAGCAAUGGUAGUGAGCCCCUCUGUUCAGCUACAUGACCUCUCAAGACAGGUCUCACAAAUUAGCCAACCCUUGCAAAGCCCCCCAGUGGCCGUUAUUAGUCCCACUAGUCACCACGAGGAACCUGCAAAUCUAAGACGAUCCGCGAGUGGUCGCGAUUCCCGCAGACUGUCAACCCGCCGUUCAACCGGUACUCAAUCUAAGAACCUUCAAACACCACGGAAGCACAUCGAGAUAUCCUAUGAUACCCGACGAACCUACUCCAAUGCAACCAAACCCGACCCCAAAUGGUUCAACUUGUUCGGUCUGAUCGAUACCGGCAAACUCAGAUGCUUGUUUGGGGAUAGCACAGCUUACUCUAGAGGUGCGAAAUAUGAAGUCAAUGCUCCAGGAUCCUCAGAGAACCCGGAGAAUAUCCCUCGAAAGAGAAGCCUUCCUCUCACGCCCACAUCAAACAAGGCUCCCUCGAUAUCAGACCAGUACAAGGAGAUCAUUCGGCAGAGUGAGGAAAACAGAGGCAAAAAAGACGCGUUAUUCUAUGCUGCCAUUUUGACUUUUGUGGCCGGUUUGUUGUUGCUCAUGAGCUUUGCCAGUCCGUAUUGGUUGGUCUCAUGGGAAGACACGGAAAGCCCUUUCAAGAAUAUGGGACUUUGGGAGUUUUGCUUCUUCCGCUACCAUCACCCCGACUACCAAUUUGAUAAGCUAUUCCAUGGCUGCCACGCCCUCUACGGCGACGAGUAUCGUCUCAUUCGGGAGAAACUCUUGCCAGGAUGGCUGAUGGUGGUCCAAUUAUUCGUCACAUUGGCCUUCAUCUUAUCCUUUGCAUGUCAAUUGCUCUUUGUGGCCUUACUGCUCCGCUAUCCACUCGAAGUCAUCCUCAGAUUUGAAUAUCACUUUUGUGGAGUCGUGUGCAUCCUCAAUGGCAUUACUGCACUAUUCCUGUUCUUGGGAGUCUUGGUUUUUGGCGUGGGAUGCUGGGACCGGGAUUGGCUGCUCUAUCCCAACUACAACUAUGUCUCCUGGAGUUACGCCUUUGCCGUGAUUUCGUGCCUCGUCCACCUUCUUGGAGCCAUUCUCAUGGCCAAAGACUAUAAAGAUGCCAAAGAGCGGAAGGAGAAAAAUAAGGCCUUGAUUAUGCAGAUGCAGCCACCUGGGUUCACUUCCGGCUCACAUUUUCACUUGGGCGGUGGAUCCGGAUACAUAUAAACAAUACGAUCUCUGAGCACAGUUGCGGUAGAAUGACGUGGAAAGGAAUCGGACUUAUGACAAAAUCAUCGGAAUAACCAUGUCAUUUUAUUUUGGUGAUAUAUAUAUAUAAAUUUGUAAAAACGUC